AUGUCACACAAGGGCAAGAACAACGCGGCCAAGGGCUCGAAGCCUGCCAAGCCUGGAGCCGAGAGCAAAAGCGAGGAUGUCCUGCAAGCAGUUAUUCUUGCCGACUCAUUUCAGGACAGAUAUAGACCGUUUACGAUAGACAAACCAAGAUGUCUCUUACCUCUUGCGAACACACCCAUCAUCGAAUAUACUCUGGAAUUUUUGGCGAUGAACGGGGUCAAUGAAGUAUACAUCUACUGCGGUGCUUUCACAGAUCAAGUCGAGGACUAUAUUCACCGGUCAAGAUGGGCUCCCACAUCAAGGUCCUGCCCGUUCUCCAAUGUCCAAUUUGUUCGAUUGUCUGAUGCACGGUCGGUUGGUGACAUAUUACGAGAUUUGGACAAGCGAGCUCUCGUCGACGGCGAUUUUCUUGUAGUCCAUGGAGACUUGGUAUCGAAUUUCAUGUUGGAUGGAGUUCUGGCAGCGCAUCGGAAGCGCAAGGAGGCCAGCAAAGCCAAUAUCAUGACGGUCGUUCUUCGCAGCGGCGGCGAUGACGAUCACCGUACGAAGACAAAUGGAAUUACACCGAUAUUUGCAAUCGAUGCCAAAACCCAACGAUGUCUACAAUAUGACGAAAUGAACCCCCUUCAAAGCGACCACUAUCUUUCACUCGACCCAGCCAUCCCAGACGAAUUAUCCGCUGCGUUCGAAGUUCGAUCAGACUUAAUCGAUGCCCACAUUGAUAUCUGCACACCAGAUGUGCUGGCUCUGUGGUCAGAAAGCUUCGACUACGAACUUCCCCGGAAAAACUUUCUUCACGGCGUUUUGAAGGACUGGGAGUUGAACGGCAAGGCAAUCCACGCAGAGAUUUUGGAGGAUGGAUACGCAGCCCGUGCAAGCAAUCUUCAAAUGUACGAUGCUAUAAGCCGUGAUAUUCUCGGACGGUGGACUUUUCCUUUCAUCCCCGAGAACAAUCUUGUACCAACACAGACUUAUCAACGCCAUCCCAACGGACUUGUAAUGGAACACAACGUCUCUCAUGCACAUGAUGCCCGGUUAGUCAAUGCUGUCAUUGGCCGGGACACCACCAUUGGACAAGGAUCCAAGGUGUCGAAUUGUUUUGUUGGCAAAGGCUGCAAGAUUGGCGCGAACGUUGUACUGGAGGACACUUUCAUCUGGGAUAAUACGACGAUUGGAGAUGAAACUAGAAUAACGCACAGUAUUGUUGGCGAAUCAGCUUUCAUUGGCAAGAGCUGCACGUUUCCAGCUGGCUGUCUGAUUGCGUCCCGAGUCCAGAUUGGCGAUAAUGUUUCCCUAAACAAAGGCACGACAUUGUCGACCUUGACUCUCUCUGGGGACCAAAUCUCCCCAAACACCAAGCUCCUCGGCGCCGACACAAAUGCCGCGGCCUUUACUGACUUGGACGAGGACGACUUGGAUGAGAGAGAUCCUUCGCGUCUGCAAAAGUCGUUAAUUUACUCCCUUGCUGACUUCAACAUCUCUACAACGUCCAUUUCAACGCUCGCAUCUGAUGUCGAUUCAGAUGAUGAGGCGGACGACAACUUUUUAUCUCCAGGGGCUGCCUCCUCGUCCCGAUCUCGCCUCUCAUCAUUCGCCUCAGAUGACUCCACUGGCAAGAUGUCGUUCCAUGUCGACGCUGUCCAUGGUCUCCUUGACGCCUUGCGUGGAGAAACAAACGAUUUUGAUUCUGCCAAACUAGAAUUCAUGGGUCUCCGUCUUGCCAAUGACGCCUCUGACAGUAUGAUGCGAAAAGCUGUAUCUACGGCAUUUGCUCGUCGUGCCGCCGAGCUCCUGACCCCCGAGCACGGCUCUCUGGAACCCGCCAAGGCAGCAGAGAAGGCAUUGACUUCGAAAAGGGGCGCCACGACCUUUAUUGAAGAAGUUGGUGUUGGCGGCGAAGAAACAGAGCAGAUUGAGUAUAUUCUCGCCACGCAAAAGGCGCUUCAACACAUCAAGAACCCUGAUCAGACUAAGUUGGGGACUCUAUUGGCAGCAAUGCUUCAGCAAUUGUAUGCCCUGGACAUUCUUGAGGAGGAUGGCAUUCUUGGAUGGUGGAAGGAUGGCAGGGCUGCCGAGGGAGAUGUAAUGUCUGCACUGAGGGAAAAGUGCGCGGUUCUGAUCGAAUGGUUGGAAAAUGCCGAGGAGGAAGAUGACGACGAGGAGGAGGAUAGUGAUGAUGAAUAG